AUGCUUGAGGCGUUUCGCGAAGCCCUUAGGUCACGCUUUGAUGUUGAUACACUAUCAACAGAGCCUCUGUUACGCUCUGUUAAUCUCCAAGGGCUUUUCAAUACACUUCUUCAGAUAACAGUACUAGAUAUGACACGCUUUGCUUACGAGGAAGCAUUAGAUUGCAUGGUUGCCUAUUACAAGGUUGCGCUGAAGCGUUUUGUUGACGACAUUGCGACUCAGGCGGUUAAAGUCAAGCUUCUGGGCGCAUUUCCCACACUCUUUACCCCCAUGUCUGUAUUUGGGAUGUCUAAAGACUUGGUCACUCAAAUAGCAGGGGAAUCUGACGAGAGCCGGUGUCUUCGACAGCAGCUGAACAAGAAAUCAUGGAUCCUCACGACGGGGUCA